AUAGCCAUGGUUCUUUGGUACUACGACCCUUCCAAGACACUCUGCUACGUUGGUCUCGUUGCCUUUGCCAUCGCGACAGCAUACCAUGUGGUCAUGAUUUGCAAACAUAAAAGCCUCUACUUCAUCCCAUUCAUCAUCGGUGGCGUAUCACAGGUCGGAGGCUACGGUGCUCGCAUCGCUUCAGCAGAUGACAAGGAAGCCAUUGGUGCGUACAUUGGCCAAUCACUGCUUCUCCUCCUACCGCCUAUCUUCUAUGCCGCCUCCAUCUACAUGGUUCUCAAGAAGCUCAUUGUCCACGAGCGUGCGGAGCAAUACAGCAUGAUGAAGGUCAAGAACAUGACCAAGAUCUUUGUGACCUUUGACUGCAUCUCACUCUUUGUACAAUCAUCUGGUGGUGGUCUGCAAGCCACAUCUGGGGACAUCUCCAAGUAUGGGCAGUGGGUCGUGGUUGCCGGUCUCGUCGUGCAGGUUUUUGCCUUUGGUUACUACAUGUUGGUUGCUGUCCGCUUUCAAAUUCACAUUCGCAAGGCCUCAGAGACGGGCAUCUACCAUGGUCGAACAAUGAACCUUGGCGCUGGCUUGUUCAACUUCAUUAGGCUUGCACAUGUGGAGCGCAUCUUGGCUGCCUUGCACAUUUCCAGUGCUCUUAUCAUGGUGCGAAGUAUCUACAGACUGGCAGAGUACAUCGAAGGCCGUGAGGGAUGGCUCGCCACACAUGAGUGGACCUUUUACAUCUUUGACACGCUCACCAUGUUCCUGGUCAUGGUCGUGCUUGCCGCCAUUUACCCACCACGGGAGCUGGAGAAGUCUGCGAGUCAAGAUGGCGGUGCAACCAUGAUGCAAACGCGCUCUUCUAGCCCACUGCAAAAGGCUGAGAUGGCCUAG